GGUGCAAUACGGCAGCUAUACCUACACUCAUGGUUAAAAAAAAUGGUUGCCUACUAUAAACAUGUUGUUGAUAAGGGAUAUAAAUAAUAUGAAGGUAUAACCGCUUGUGUCGAAGCACUUAGCCAUUUGAAAAAACGUGGGAGGGUUACUGUUACGAUAGUUCUGUCCAGAACAGGAGUGUCAAAUGCCUCGUUACGCUCAACUUGUGAUGGGCCCGGCGGGAAGUGGCAAGAGUACCUACUGUACUACAAUGAUUCAGCAUGCAGAGGCCAUUCACCGUUCUAUACAGGUGGUCAACCUGGAUCCAGCAGCUGAACAUUUUAACUACCCUGUCAUGGCAGACAUCCGUGAGCUGAUCCAGGUUGACGAUGUCAUGGAGGAUGACUCUUUGCGCUUUGGUCCGAAUGGAGGUCUAGUCUUCUGCAUGGAGUACUUUGCCAACAACUUUGAUUGGCUUGAGGAGAGUCUGGGUCACGUGGAGGAUGACUAUAUUCUGUUCGAUUGUCCAGGUCAGAUAGAGCUCUACACACACCUUCCUGUCAUGAGACAGCUCGUGGAACAGCUCCAGCAGUGGGAGUUCCGUGUUUGUGGGGUCUUCCUGGUCGACUCGCAGUUUAUGGUGGAGACUUUCAAGUUCAUCUCAGGUGUCAUGGCUGCGUUAAGUGCCAUGGUGUCCCUGGAAAUCCCUCAGGUCAACAUCAUGACCAAGAUGGACCUGCUCAGUCCCAAUGCCAAGAAGGAGAUUGAAAAAUACAUGGACCCAGACAUGUAUUCAAUGAUGCAAGACAACGCAGCCAGCAUCAGAAGCAAGAGAUUUAAGAAGUUGACCAAAGCUAUCUGUGGUUUGAUUGAUGACUACAGCAUGGUAAGGUUCCUGCCUUUUGACCGCACAGACGAGGAAGGCAUCAAUAUAGUGUUGCAGCACAUCGACUUUUCCAUUCAGUAUGGAGAAGAUCUGGAGGUUAAGGAGCCAAAGGAGAAUGAUGAGGAUCCCAGCAACACAAACUAUGAUGAAUUAUUCCAGGACAAAUCAGAAGGCUGACACAAGACUUGGAUGAGGAAAAAAUGAAAAAACACAUACUCACACUUUGAAGAAGACAUUUCAAUGGAACUGUAGUAUUUAUUCCUCAGUUUAUUAUUUAGGUUGCGUCAUUAUUUGUCAUUUAGAUAAAAGGGUAUUGCCAAACAACAUCUCCAUCCAAUUACAUUACACAUGUUACCUACCUACUGUUUCUUCAAAACAUUGAAGAAACUGAAAGAAAAUGACAAGUUUUUGAAUAUAUUGCUUAUAUUUUUUAAUAAAAUAUUGUAAAAUGAUGAAACGGAAUGGUGCACUUCCACAGCUACUGUAUAAAGGCAGGGGGGCGUUAUUGUGUAAUUUCAGAUUUUGUAGGUAAAAUCCCAAAACACAUUUUGCCCAAUGCCCCAAUUUAAAUGUUACGGUUUUCAGUUAUUUUAAUUGUAAUACAUGAGUACUCGUUUCAGUUGUGUCCAUUUGGCACUGAAAAUAUUCAACUGAGAGCUUUCAUUUGAUUUCAAUGUACCCAAUUUUGAAUCUAAACCAUAGACCUAUUGCUAAACCAUAAUUUUGUCGCCAUCUUGUGACAUUUAAAUGCAUUACAUUAAACCACUUCCUGUAAAAAAUUGUUGGGUGGGACAAGCGGAAGCAGUGUCUUGCACCACUGACAUUUUUCUGAGGAAGAUUUACAAAAUAACUGUUCAAAAUGCCGGCGUACCACUCCAGCCUGAUGGAUUCUGACACACAGUUAGUUGGAAACAUGGCUAUGCUACCCAUUAAAUCCCAGUUCAAGGGCCCUGCUUCAGACAAGAGUAAGUCUAAAACUCAAAGGUUGUUAAAAUACAUGGAGAGGUGGCCCUCGAAAUGUUGUAUAUCUUUCCUAGUCAACUCAAUGCAGAGGACUAGCUUAAUUGUCUGUUUGGACACAACAUGUUUUGAUUAUAGGGAUCUAUCCUACAUCUUAUAAUACCUUACCAGAAGAAAGCCCUAUUUUGUUUCAUCACAGGCUAGGAUAAAGCUGCAUGUUGCUUCCUUAUUUGGUAUCAUGAGUUGGUCUACAUCCUCUUCCCUUUACUAAAUAACUACUCCACUUCUGUAUACUAACCAUGCUUAAUUAACAGCCAAAGAUACAGACAUCAUUGAAGAGGCCAUCUAUUACUUCAAAGCCAACGUAUUCUUCAAGAACUAUGAAAUCAAGAACGAGGCAGACAGGACACUGAUCUACGUCACCCUGUACAUAUCCGAAUGCUUAAA